UCUGUUGCAUUAGUAUUCUCAUCCUAUGAGAGUGCAGUGUGUUCAACCACGUCAUGCCUCGAGCAACUGCACCUAUCAAGGUUAGAAAAGCGCUCUUAGAUCACCUUCUGCUACCUACUCUCAAUAAACGCCAUAGAGAGUUUAUCGUUUCAACUUGCGGCGCAUAUUAGUCUAGUUCGAGUUGCGGUUACUGUCUCUGGGAGGUGUUUCGUUUAAAAGCGGCUGUUAUUUCUUCGUUGAAAGACUAUACGGGGCAUCAAGACAUGUUUGCAUCUGGUUCUUUGUUAUCGCGUCUCUCUGCUGAAGAAGACGAAGCCCUACAAGGACACUUCAGCUCACUGCUGGAGUGAAUGAAGGUGACUCGGCUUCUGCAUCGUGGCAAUGCGGAGAGAAUCCAGGAGCAAGACACGGGCAGAUCGAUCAAUUGAGUAAGAAAUUUACCAAACGAGUGGCAGUUAUAUUGAUCAGUCGGCAUUUUAUAUCUGGGCAGUUUCUUCACUUGAUGUGUAUGCAUGAGUUCUGCACCGAAUGGGCGCAAAAACCGCCCCAGAACAGCCGGGACCAUUUUCCAGAUCGGCAGUAAGCCCCCGUCCAGAGAGUCGGAGCGCCGGGAGAGCAGCGAGGCUCUGCGUGCCGUAGCGGACUGCAGAAUGGUUGUCCAGGAGUUCAAUACACUUGUGGCCCUCUAUAGGGAAUUGGUAAUCUCUAUUGGAGAGAUUUCCACUGAUUGUCCCUCUCUUCGUGCGGAAAUGCACAAGACACGCACAAAAGGCUGUGAGAUGGCACGGACUGCACAUCAAAACCUUUCUGCAAUAUCAGGCCCAGAAGAUGGAGAAAUACAUCCGGAGAUCUGCCGCCUCUUCAUCCAGCUGCAGUGCUGUCUGGAAAUGUACCUGACGGAGAUGCUGAAGUCUGUGUGUCUGCUGGGAUCCCUGCAGCUCCACAGGAAAGGAAAACAUUUUUCUGGAGCUACAAAGGUAGAAAGUAAGAAAGAGGACAGCUCUGACAUCCCAAUCCUGGAAGAAACGUCAUCCACUCCGCCAGACUGUCCGAAGACUUACUUCCUGGUGGCCACAGACAUUGAGAACAUCGAGAGGGACAUGACAGAAAUGAAAAACCUGCUAAGCAAACUCAGGGAGACCAUGCCUUUACCACUGAAGAACCAAGACGACAGCAGUUUGUUGAAUCUGACGCCAUACCCGUUGGUCCGGCAGAGAAAGCGCCGUUUCUUUGGCCUCUGUUGUCUGGUGUCUAGCUAAGAGCUCUCUCUCUCCCAGAAUCCAGUCACAAAUGACUGCGUUUCCUCACAAUGUGUGACACUCACCAAUCAACCGUACUACUGCCAUUUCCCAAACCAGUACUUUCUUUUGGUGAGUUCCGUCCAAUUUCCUACUGCUAUGAGAAUAAAUAGUAAUAUCUGUGUAAUAUCAGUAAUCAUACAGACACUAUAUAAUAUUUGAUCAGUACAACAGAUUUUCUUUAUAACUGAAUGUUCGUCUACAUUAUGCUUUGUAAAGAAAAUGGUUUGUAGUAUGAAUAAUGCUAUGUUUGUCCACAUGAUUCAUAUGCUGUGCUUCUUGUCAAGACAGAUGUUGUAAUGAGGCAUUCAAGAGUGCUAAUUAGAGCAGAGGUUAUG